UCCUCGGCUUCCUUGAUUGGAUCCAUGGACCCUCACCUCAGCUCCCACGUCCACGCCGCGGCGGCUGCCAGUCCGAAUGGCAAGGCGACGGGAGAUGACGCUCUGCCAUCGGCGGUCGUUGACGUCGAGGCGCCCGCGCCGACGCAGACGACGUCCGAGGCCGACCCGAGCGACAGCGGCGUCGACUACAUGGCCCGUGCGCAGUGGCUCCGCGCCGCGGUCCUAGGCGCCAAUGACGGCCUCGUCUCCGUGGCCUCCCUCAUGAUAGGCGUCGGCGCCGUGAACGUGACCCGCAAGGCCAUGCUCGUGUCCGGCCUGGCGGGGCUCGUGGCCGGCGCCUGCAGCAUGGCCAUCGGCGAGUUCGUGUCCGUGUACGCGCAGUACGACAUCGAGGUGUUGCAGAUCAAGCGCGAUGGCGAGGGCGAUGCCGCCGACGGCGGCGGCAGCGGCGGCAAGGAGAGCCUGCCGAGCCCGACGCAGGCCGCGCUCGCGUCGGCGCUGGCGUUCGCGGUCGGCGCCCUUCUACCGCUGAUGUCCGGCGUGUUCAUCCCGUCGUGGGCCGCCAGGGUCGCCGCGGUGUGCGCGGCGAGCAGCGCCGGCCUGGCCGGGUUCGGUGCUGCGGGCGCGUACCUGGGCGGCGCGAACGUGGUGAGAUCCGGGCUCAGGGUCCUCGUGGGCGGGUGGUUCGCCAUGCUCGUCACGUACGGCGUGCUCCGGCUGUUCGGAACGGUGUUUCACAUACACCUCUCGUCGGCGUGAUCGGAGAAAUGGACUAAAAUAAAACAAGGGGCUUGCCCAUGGCUGAUAGGAGGAUGACAGCUCCUACCUUGAGAACGUGAAAUCCUGCAUGUCUUGGCUAGCAAACUAGCGAUCUCUUGGAUAGCGAAAGGGGAAUAAGGGGGUCUGUGUAG